AACUGAAACUUAUUUUUAUUGAACUGAAAUUAAUUUUAGUGAUCAAAGCCCUUAAUCAAUUCCAAUAUGUUAAACCAAAUGACCCCUUCAUUAAAAAAAAACCAAAAACCUAGAGCUGUUCUCUUUCUCAGUUCUCACUCUAUCAGUUUCCCAUUGAAGCGCACUCCAUUGAAGCAACUUUUUCCUUCCAUUGAAGCAGUUUCUGAGGUAUGGAGGUGGCAGCUUCUCACACCAUAACUGGGUUAUGUUCAUCAUCAACCACCUCUCCAGUUUCUGGCUAUGGUGGACUGUUUCUUCAGCAACGAGUCCACGUACCAAAGAAAAAUAUCAGAGUCAAGUCACCGACAACCUUCUCUAUUCGUGCGGUCGCUGGUGGUGGAGAUAAUGCUGUGACAUUGCUGGAUUACGGUGCCGGAAAUGUAAGGAGUUUGAGGAAUGCCAUUCGCCGCCUUGGUUUCGAUAUCAAAGAUGUCCAAACACCUGAUGAUAUUGUGAAUGCAAAUCGUCUUAUAUUUCCUGGUGUUGGAGCAUUUGCUGCAGCAAUGAAUGUUCUAAAUGAAAAGGGGAUGGCUGAUGCUCUACGUGAUUACAUCAAGAAUGAUCGCCCUUUCUUAGGCAUUUGUUUGGGCCUCCAACUUCUUUUUGAAUCUAGUGAAGAAAAUGGACUUGUGAAGGGCUUAGGUUUGAUACCUGGUGUUGUUGGACGCUUUGAUUCCAGUAAAGGAUUGAGAGUACCACAUAUUGGCUGGAAUUCUUUGCAAAUUGAGAAGGAUGCUGGAAUUUUGGAAGAUGUAGCAAGCCGUCAUGUCUACUUUGUUCAUUCUUAUCGUGCCAUGCCUUCACAUAGUAAUGAAGAGUGGGUGACUGCAACUUGCGACUAUGGAGACAAAUUCAUUGCUUCUGUCCGAAGGGGAAAUGUGAAUGCUGUUCAGUUUCACCCAGAGAAGAGUGGAGAUGUUGGUCUUUCUAUAUUAAGACGUUUCUUACACCCGGAGUCCAUAUCAAAGGUAAAACAAAUUGAAGGAAAAGCAUCAAAAUUGGCAAAGAGGGUGAUUGCUUGUCUUGAUGUGAGGGCAAACGACAAAGGAGAUCUUGUUGUUACAAAAGGAGAUCAAUAUGAUGUUCGAGAACAAACAGGUGAAAAUGAGGUAAGAAAUCUUGGCAAGCCAGUAGAACUUGCUGGGCAAUACUAUGAAGAUGGAGCUGAUGAGAUCAGUUUUCUCAACAUCACAGGUUUUAGGGACUUUCCAUUGGGUGACUUGCCGAUGUUGCAGGUUUUGAGAUUUGCUUCGGAGAAUGUAUUUGUUCCAUUGACUGUGGGAGGUGGCAUUAGGGAUUUUACUGAUGCAAAUGGAAGGCACUACACUAGUUUGGAAGUUGCUUCAGAAUAUUUUAGGUCAGGUGCUGAUAAAAUUUCUAUCGGUAGUGAUGCUGUUUAUGCUGCUGAAGAGUACUUGCUAAGUGGAGUGAAAAGUGGAAGAAGCAGCUUGGAACAGAUUUCACAAGUUUAUGGCAAUCAGGCAGUUGUGGUAAGCAUUGAUCCCCGUCGAGUAUACAUAAAUACUCCUAAUGAUGUGCCAUUCAAGUCUGUUAAGGUUACUAAUCCAGGUCCAAAUGGAGAAACAUAUGCUUGGUAUCAGUGCACUGUCAAUGGUGGGAGAGAAGGCCGCCCAAUCGGAGCGUAUGAGCUUGCAAAAGCUGUGCAGGAGUUAGGAGCUGGUGAAAUAUUGCUGAACUGCAUAGAUUGUGAUGGUCAAGGAAAAGGAUUUGAUAUAGAUCUUGUAAACCUCAUCUCUGAUGCUGUUAGCAUCCCUGUAAUUGCAAGUAGUGGUGCUGGUUCUGUUGAACACUUUUCAGAAGUUUUCAAGAAGACAAAUGCUUCUGCUGCUCUUGCUGCUGGAAUAUUCCAUCGCAAGGAGGUACCUGUUCAAUCUGUGAAGGAGCACUUGUUGAAGGAAGGCAUUGAAGUCAGAAUGUGAAGUAAUCCUACUGAUAUGGGGCGAACCUUAGCCUGAUUGAAAGGGAAAGUCGUCUAUUUUUUGGGUGGAAGUUUGAUUGAUAGUUCUGUUUUGGUGUUGUAUGUUGUACUUAUAAUGGUCUUCUGCCUAGUACUCCCUCUCUCCGCAACAGAUUGUCUACAACCCUUUUCUUCACUUGUUUAAGGCAAAGCCAAAUCUGUGAUCACGGGUGGGCAAUUUUAGUGAUCAGGAAAGAGAUAGAGAGAGCAAGUGAGGUUGCAAGGGGGAAAAUUUACCAAUCAAGGUAUGGAGCAAUAUUUUAGGGACAGAGGAACAAGUUGAUAAUCUUUUCAUAAUCAACUAACCUCAAGAGUUUCUAUUGUCAGGGCAAUUGCGUGAAUUUAUUGGAUUCUUUUUUGCGGCUAUAAACUGCUUGAUUCACAUACCAUUCCCCUAAUUUUGUAAUGCAUACAUUUUGCGUAAUUUAUGAGCAAUGAACGUUCACUUACCAUCCUUACCAUUCCCCUAAUUUUGUAUUAUGGGAAUUCUGAAUGACCUAGGAAUUCUAACUUUGAAUUCCAAUUACUUCCUCUA